CUUGUCUCUUUUCCUUUUCUCUUCGUCUACCACACCACACUACUCUUCUCUCUCACCCUCUCAAAAAAAACACCAAGAAAAAGAACCAUCUUUUUCUAUUUUCAUUAAAGAAAAGAGAGAAAAGAACCCCCAUGAAAAGCACACUGUUUUACUGUUGAUUCACUUUUCCUGAAAAUACCCAGAUUCCAAACAGGGUUUUGCGUUUCUUCUCAGUGUGUAAAGCUUGAAUAUCUUUUCAUAUCUAAGAGCUCUUUGCUGCUGGGUCUUUUUUUUUUGUGCUUGAGUGAAAGUGGCAAUGGGUAAGAAUGUGCUGAUUUUGGGUAUUGCAUUUUUUCUGAUUCUUCUUUUUGGAGAUGUCACUUCAGCUCCUACUACUUCUUCACCUGCAAAGAUCGUUAGUGGGUUCUUCUCUAAUGCUUUGUCUCCUUCUAUGAAAUGGUUAUGGUCACUCAAAGCUACCACUAAAACAGCAAUUACUGGCCGUCCGAUGAUGAAGUUUGAGGGUGGAUACACUGUGGAGACUGUGUUUGAUGGAAGUAAGCUUGGAAUUGAGCCUCACACCGUUGAGAUUUUGCCCAGUGGGGAGCUGCUGAUUCUGGACUCUGCUAACAGCAACCUUUAUCGGAUGUCUAGUUCUUUAUCUCUGUAUAGUAGACCGAGGCUGGUUGCUGGAUCCCCUGAAGGAUAUCCUGGACAUGUAGAUGGCAAGCUGAGAGAGGCAAGGAUGAACCAUCCGAAAGGACUAGCAGUAGAUGACAGAGGGAACAUUUACAUUGCAGACACUAUGAAUAUGGCAAUCAGGAAGAUAAGUGAUUCAGGUAUUACAACAAUUGCUGGUGGGAAAUUGAGCCGGGGAGGGGGACAUGUAGAUGGACCAAGUGAAGAUGCAAAGUUCUCUAAUGAUUUUGAUGUAGUCUAUGUGGGAAGCAGUUGUUCUCUUCUUGUGAUAGAUAGAGGAAACCAAGCGAUUAGAGAGAUUCAACUACAUUUUGAUGACUGUGCCUAUCAGUAUGGAAGUGGUUUUCCUCUUGGAAUUGCUGUUCUCGCUGCUGCUGGCUUCUUCGGUUACAUGCUAGCUUUGCUGCAACGUAGAGCGGGCACGAUUGUAUCAACCCAGAAUGACCAGGAAUCAGUUAAAGUAGAUGCUGCUGUAUCGAGUCCAUAUCAGCAACCCCUGAAACCGGUCAGGCCACCUUUAAUUCCAACUGAGGAUGACCAAGAGAAGCAAGAAGAAGGCUUCUUUGGAUCCAUGGGGAAGCUUUUUGUCAAUGGUGGUGUCUCUGCUUUGGAAAUUUUGAAAGGCGUUUUCCCCGGUUUUAGAAAGGAGUCGGUAAGCUAUCAAUAUCAGAUCCAACACCAGCAACAACUGAAGCAAACAAUGCCUUGGCCUGCACAAGAGAGCUUCGUGAUACCCGAUGAAGAUGAGCCCCCAUCAAUCGAUACCCGAGCCACCACUCCACGUAAAACAUAUCCUUUCAUGUCUAAAGACGCAGACAAAAUCCAUCAGUUGCGCCAAAGCCGGGCCUUCUACAAUGGAUGGGAUGUUGAUACGCAACAGCAGCAUCAGAAACCGCAGCAUCAUCACCAUCGCCAUCAGUCAUCCGCCCCGCUUACUUAUUAUCAGCAAAGUGAUGAGAAAACGAACGAGAUUAUUUUCGGGGCAGUUCAAGAUAAAUACGGGAAGCAACAAGCAGUGGUUGCAAGGCCGAUCGAUUGCGAUCAUCACAAUUUCCGGUUCCGGUCAAAUUUGGGUUACAAUUAUGGCCAUUAAUUUAUGGCUAUCAAAUUCCGGUUACAAUCAUGUUGGUCCAUAAAAAAACUUAGGAUAUAAUACCAGUUGAGAUUUGUAUCUGGUGAUUUGGAGCAGCUUAGUGUUGGCCUAAAAUUUGUAAGGCUACUGCAAUUAUAAUUUCAUUAAACUUUCUUUUUCUCUCA